GUUCCUUUAAGACAUUUCGGAGCUGUUCCUCCUUGUCUCACGACUCACCUCCUAGGGCUUUGACUUAGCGUGCCGCGCACUUCCUUAUUCCUAGGCUAGUCGCCACGUCUGAAAGUUUCCGUUGACUCUUCUUCUCGGUAGUCGUAGAGACUAGAGAGGGCUAAGGCGGUCUAGAUCCGGGCUAUCUACCGGCGCCAAGAAGCUUGUUCAGCCCCAUGGCCCGACCAUUGGGGAUAUCCUGGCCCCGUUGAUGAGCGGCGUCUUCAGCUGACAAGCAACAACCAAACUAGUGAUUCUUUUCAGAGUCUUCAUUAUGCUGUCGUGGGACGGCCUGGCCAAAGCCUGCUUUCCCCUGGGGUUGCUCUCUUGGGUCUUGACUCUGAGGUGCUGAUACCUGAUCCCGAGCGGAAUAAUCAAACCUCUCCAGUUUCGGCGUCUCACAGUAGAGACCUACCCACCCUCUUACACGAUGGGGGAGCCCAUGGCUGGAGAUUCAACAGCUCCAGAGGCUCGAUCCACAAGGUCACCAUCAGACUCCAGCAAUGAGUCUGUCCGCGACGGCAUUGACACGUCGGGACGGGACGGUCCAGACGACUUUUCCGAAAAGCGGGAUACACUGCCAGAGCGGUUCGGCCUCAGCCGCCUCGCGAUUCCCCUUGCCCUCCUAGUAGGCGGAGCCAUUACCGGCGGCACGACCUAUGCGCUCGUCUCCCGGGUUCAGAACCUGAUCGCCAAUGCCAGCGUGGACGGCGACAAGUCGAGAUGGCUCCAAACCGCCCGUACUGCGGCAUACGAUGCGUGCUAUUACGGCUGCAACGACUGCAGUGACCCCAGCUUUGCCUACAACGCAUGCCAACUCACCGCGCAGGCCAAGGUCAAGGGCAUCAUCUGCGCCGGCGAAGAGAUGUGGAACUGGGCCGCAGCAGACAGAUACCCCGAGGCCUGUCUCAUGGCGGUGGCACAGUUGCUGAUGGGCGUGGAGCUGGAGCGAGUCAAGCAGUCGUACCGCAACCAGCUGGCUAUCAUCGUCCUGACUGUCCUGGGUGGUGUGGUGGGUGGCGUGAUCACCUACGUGGUGUGGCGCCGCCUGACAACGAGCAAGGCACAACAGGAGGCAGCAAAAGCAGAAAAGUCGUCCAACGGGAAGAAGUGGUCCAUCUGCCGUCCAGCAAUGUGGAAGGACGAGAAGCACCACCACCACCAGCCCACCAACAACGACGAUCGACCCCUUUCACGCCGCAGCAGCAGCAGCUCAUCCCGGCGCGGCAGCCAGCCCCGUACAAGCCUCAGCUCCCUCGCGACCGCAACCACGGCCUCCCUCACCAUCCUUUCCACCUCGCCCUCCGGCGCCUCCGCCUACCCCUGCACAGGCCACGAGCCAGCUUGGAACCAAUUCUUCGUGUCACCCAACGGCACCAUCGCGGGCGUCCUGCACGGCUGGCUGGGCGACUGCUACGACCGCCGGGACUGCGACCAGCGGUGCAGCACCUCGUGCAGCAGCAGCGGGAGCGGCUCGAGCCGCAGCUGCAGCAGGAAGUGCACGACUAGCGACUGCCACACCAUCGUCACCGUGACGCGCACGCCCAAGGAGUAUGUCGACGCCAUCGUGCCCCGCGUGCGAGCGUGCGGGUUUACCAUGGUGGACGCGCUCGCUGGCAGCGGCAGUAUUGUUGUUACUGUGGCGGAGAGGGUGGGCAAUCCGCGGCUGGAGAGGGACUGGUGGGUAAGAGUGUCGGUGAAUGGAUUGAAUGUUACGAGGGGGGAUCAGACGGAUGAUAUGGUCUUGUGUCUGCAUGGGAUUGGAGGAUGAAGAGUGUGAUCAUUGAUCAUCAUUUUGUCUCAAUGUAUGCCAUUGAUGACUGAGCUAAUCAGAUGCUCCGAGGAUGUGACCAUGAAACCACAGGGAGAGGAAGAGAAAACAUAACGCAUAAGUUACGAGGAGAAAGAACAAAAGAGAAAAAAGAAACAACGAAGCAAGGAACAGAACGAGUAUACAAUGACAGGGAAAGGAGGAAAAAGAGGAACAAAACGAAAAGAAAGAUAAGAGGUAAGGGAGAAAGAGAGCUAGUCUAUCAGAGAGCUGGGGUUAGGAUUAUAUAUGAGUGAAUCACCUGAUAGAGUCCGAGGCCCCGUGGGGCCGAGCAUCAGUCCCAAAAGGC